AGAAAGCAGAGGCCCGAAGGUGCCUCCAGGAUUAGUCUUCUGACACCCAAGUUAGAGACCGGCAGAACAGAUUUUCACAAGAAUAAUGGUGUGAGUGUAUCGACUUACCCCCUCUAUCUUUUAGGGUUCGUUCUUAUAGGAUUACCCCAUUUUUGAGUCCUACUGGGAUACGUCUUCCUACCUUGUGGGGAUUCUUCUCUAUUAGGGUAUCUCCUCCUCCUCCUUCUUACGUCAUUAGAGUCCUUCGUGUGCCUCUCUCGGUUGAGGGGACUCUAGAGUCCUAGCUGUGGUGGAUAUCCCUCGGCUGGGCUCCACGUGUCCCUUCUUGGGAUGCCACGUGCCCUUGUCUCAUAGGAUGACUAAUUUGGGCGUAUCACUAUCCAAUGAUUUUUUUCAAAUUCAAAUUUUUUUUUUUUCCUUUCUUGUCUUCCAAAAAUCAAGUAAGAAAACAAUUCCACUUAAAACAGCAAAAGUCAAACCAGACAAACAGAAAACCAGGUGCGCUCUCUCUAUAAAAGCCUCAUUCUAGGGAAAGCACUGUAUUGUCCUUUUCAUGUGUUUUCUCAUUUCCCUCUGACGAUAUCCUUUCCAGUAGAGUCUGUGGCUGUUAGAGAAUAGACAUGGAGUCAAAAAAUGUCAAUGGCUUUUCUGCAGGACUGAGUGUUCUAGUUGUUGAUUAUGAUCACAAAAGCCUUCAGAAUGUUGAAAGAAUGCUACAAGAAUGCAACUAUAAAGUUGUUGCUGUUGAUCAUGCGGUGGCUGCUUUAGCUAUUAUUCGCGACCGGAGAGGUGAAUUUGACGCUGUUCUAAUGGAUCUUCACAUGCCACCUGAGGGGGAUGGACUUGAACUCCUCAAGUAUAUUAAGCAUGAAUUCAAUCUUCCUGUCAUUAUGAUGUCUACAGAUGAUAAAGAUGAAGCUGAUGCAGAAAUUUGUCUCCAUAAUGGGGCUUACUUCUUUUGGAAAAAACCUUUAUCCAUGAGAAAUAUUAGAUACCACCUCUGGAAAUUCAUAUUCAUGUACAAAAAUGCCAAAACUAGGGCACUAAAAAUGAAGAGAAAGAUGCAUGGUUUGCGAAAAUCAUCUUCAAUGUCAAAAUCAAAUGGAUCUAUGUCUCCGAUAGCAAUCAAGUCGAUCAGUGGAAGGAAAAGAAAUGCCCCAAGAAUGAGGAGACCAAAAAUAAAUUGGACUGAAGAGCUUCAUUCAAAGUUCUUGAAAGCCAUUGAAAUUGUUGGCUUCCAAAAUGCUGUACCAUCAAAUAUACUUGAGCUUAUGAAGGAACCAAGAUUAAGUAGAUCUCAAAUUUCAAGUCAUUUGCAGAAGUAUCGUAAGUACCUAAGAAAUCAAAAGCAGGUUUUAAAUUCAAUGGCCCAUUUGACGCGUAAUUCAAAACCCACAUCAGGUCAGCCAUCUCUUGGUCAUAACUAUGAACAAGGAUCAGGUUCUUGUGACCAAGAGCAACAAUGUCUUCAUACCGGAGGAGUCCAACAAAAUCUGAGUCUGGGUGAAUCGUCACUUCCAAAUGCAAAUUCACAUCUUAAUGAAGGUAAUGAUUUUCUAGGGUGUUUCGAGUGGAUGGAUUCAUAAAUUGGCUCUCUGUGUUCUUAAGCGAACACAUUUCUAUUGAAAAAGAGAAAAUCUAGUAAUAUUUGCUUGGUUAAGGACCCUUUUCAUACAUUAUGUCAGAUAUCAAGCCAAAUCUAUUUUAGUUUCAAGGGGACUCCUUUUAUGAUGAAUAAAUGGAAAUAUUACCUUACAAA